CACUUCCGGACGAGAAGCUUGUGCGCUGCAUGCAAGAGAAGAUCUGGAGCAGCUCCGAAGCGCCGCCUGCACCGAAUCUGCUGCACGUUACUCUAAAUUUUUCACCCUGAGCCAUGUCUACUUUCGGAGACCACAGGGGUUCACCAACCCCCAGACUGUGUGGAGUCUUGUGUCCUCUGGAAUCACUGUGGACCGAUGAGAAGAAGAUGGAGGGACAGAGGAACCCAGGCUCAGAGAACAGAAGGGUGGAGAUUCGCAAGAGUGCAGGCAAGGAGCUGCUGCAGAACCUCAACGACGAGAGUGAACGUCUGCUAAUCAAAGGGGUGAAGAUCGUGAACGAUGACCAGUCCUUCUCUGCGGAUAUCUACAUGGAGGAUGGACUCAUCAAGCAGAUCGGGGAGAACCUUAUUGUGCCGGGCGGGGUAAAGACCAUCGAUGCCCAUGGCCGCAUGGUGAUGCCCGGAGGCAUUGACGUUCACACGCGUUUCCAGAUGCCCGACCGAGGCAUGACGUCUGCCGAUGACUUUUAUCAGGGCACACGGGCGGCGCUGGCAGGAGGGACCACCAUGAUCAUCGACCAUGUGGUUCCGGAGCCAGGUACAGGUCUGAUUGCAGCGUUUAAACAGUGGCACCAGUGGGCUGACAGUAAGUCGUGCUGUGAUUACACGCUCCAUGUGGACAUCACAGAGUGGCACAAAGGCAUCAUGGAAGAGAUGGAGACUCUCGUCAAGGACCAUGGUGUGAACUCUUUCCUGGUCUACCUGGCUUACAAAGACAUUUUCCAGCUGACAGACUCACAGAUCUAUGAGGUGUUCAGCGUGAUCCGAGACCUUGGUGCCAUCGCACAGGUCCAUGCUGAGAAUGGAGACAUUGUCGCCGAGGAACAACGUAGAGUCCUGGAACUGGGUAUCACUGGACCAGAGGGACACGUGCUGAGCCGCCCAGAAGAGGUGGAGGCCGAGGCAGUCAACCGCGCCAUCACAGUGGCCAAUCAGACCAACUGCCCACUUUACAUCACCAAGGUUAUGAGCAAGAGUGCAGCUGAUGUCAUUGCCCAAGCCAGGAAAAAAGGCACCGUGGUGUAUGGAGAGCCAAUCACGGCCAGUCUUGGCACAGACGGUUCGCACUACUGGAGCAAAAACUGGGCCAAAGCUGCUGCGUACGUAACAUCACCACCGCUGAGUCCGGAUCCCACCACGCCAGACUAUCUCGGCUCCCUUCUGUCAUGUGGGGACCUGCAGGUGACUGGCAGUGCCCACUGCACAUUCAACACUGCCCAGAGAGCUGUGGGUAAAGACGAUUUUACCCUCAUCCCUGAGGGGGUUAACGGCACAGAGGAGAGGAUGUCUAUCAUCUGGGACAAAUGUGUGGUCUCUGGGAAGAUGGACGAGAACCAGUUUGUUGCCAUCACCAGCACAAACGCGGCUAAGAUCUUAAACCUGUACCCACGCAAGGGGCGCAUCGCUGUGGGAUCAGACGCUGAUCUGGUGCUGUGGGACCCGGACGUUACCAAGAUCAUCUCUGCCAAGAGCCACAAUCUGGCAGUGGAGUAUAACAUCUUCGAGGGCAUGGAGGUACGUGGAGCUCCGCUGGUCGUGAUUAGCCAGGGGAAGAUCGUACUAGAGGAAGGAACCCUGCACACGACCGAAGGCUCAGGGCGGUUCAUAUCCCGAAAACCUUUCCCCGACUUCGUCUACAAGAGGAUAAAAGCUCGCAGCAGGCUGGCUGAGCUGAGGGGUGUUCCUCGUGGCCUCUAUGAUGGACCGGUGUGUGAGGUGACCAUAACCCCCAAGGUUAUGACACCAGCAUCUUCUGCAAUAACCUCUCCGGUCAAGCUGGGAGCGCAACCGGUCCGCAACCUGCACCAGUCUGGAUUCAGCCUCUCUGGUGCCCAGGUUGACGACAACGUUCCUCGUCGAAGCACCCAGCGCAUUGUUGCGCCCCCUGGUGGCAAGGCCAACAUCACCAGCCUGGGUUAAAUAACUCCACUAUCCUCAGGAGAUCAGAGGGUCGGGAGAAAGGACAUUUGUGUCGGUAUUGAAAACCUUCACUAGCAAAUGUCCCUAAGUCAGAUCUUCCACCGAGCCUACAAGACUCGGCACUCCCCAAACCCUCUAAACCCUCCUUUGGCCUCGACGUGUACCCUGUUCCCCGUUCCCUCUCUAACCCUGCACCCUCUCCUAAAGAAAAUAAAGAAAAAAGAAGAAAAGCAGAAAAAAUAAGCAUUAUGCUGUGUGUGAAGUAAAAAGGAAAAAUAAUUAACACUCCAUAUUUGAGCACCUUGAUUGUAUGAUUUAGUGUUUUAUACUGUACUUUCUACCUUCCAUGUUAUUGUUAUUUUUGUAUUUAACACAUUUUUUAUUAUUAUUAUUUGAGCAGUCCAGUAAGACUAGCAGGCAUUGUUUACCGUUAUAACCUAAUUUAACAAGGUUGAGUGGCAGAUAGUUCUAUUCAGAUAGUCAUUAAUAAUUCCCAGUAAAGUAUUCAGUCAUCGUGGGUGAAGAACAAUGAGUGUACUGGUAACAAUAAGUAGAAAUUUCGACAAACGUUUGGCUAGAGUUCUAUGGAGUCCUAUGAAGGUCAUAUCCGUAUUUGUAGAAGUAUUCUAGAAAUAGAAUUGGCAAAUAAAAUAUUAUUCUAGAUGUAUUUCUGUAAUACCCUUGUGGUGGCAUCAACAUAACACUCACAUAGAAAGUGUAAAGCAGACUUUUAAAUCUAUUAAAUUGCCUAAUCUCUAAUGAAAUCAUAAGUUAAAGAGGCAUUAAAGAUAAUACCAUCUGAAUAAUCAAAACAAACUUAUAAGGAGGAAGAUUAAACCGUUAUUUCAGUAAAAGCAGGCUUGUCUUUGGCAGUGAAUGAAUAGUUGCACUGUUUUGACACUUCAAGGGUGGAUAUGUGAGGAUAUAUGUCUGGAACAAGUGAAAGAUUCCAAUCAGUGGCACACAAGUAAUUCAGAAAGUGAUUUUGAAAGACACAGGGUGGUAUCUGGUGACCGAUUGGGUACGGGUGAUCAAUAGUGUUGGAACGUCUGCCAUUUCUGUACAGAUUUUUGGUAUAUUGUUGCUGACUUGGCAUUUAUUGCUAGAAUUUAUUAAGUUUGAGUAUUUUGAAGUCUUUCUGAUGUUACAGCCUGUGUGAAUGAAUGUGAUGCUACAGAUAUGACAUGUACAUGAACAGAAAUGGAAGCAAACAUGUGUCUUUAUGUUUUUACACUAACUAACCUUAGCUUUAUGUCUAAAGUCACAGAAGUGUACUGAUAAUUGUUAUUCCUUUUUGCUUUUAUGGCUUUUAUUAAACUUAUUGAUGAAGAAGGUGAAGAAGAAGAAGGCUAUACACGUACCAUAGCCGAAGUUAACCGAUGCAAAGGUGCCAGAACUUUUUCCUCUCUUACCCCUUUAUACAGUUUCGUUUGAGCUCCUGUGAGUAGCAGUGCCAUCGCGGGGGUUUGUGUCAAUGUUAGUGAUGUAAUGCAAUGAUGUUAUGAUAUGUAAUCCAUAUGAACGCACUGGUAAUAUUACGAUAAGGGACUUUACAGACUGCCACACUGAAAUACACGACAAGCGACCGGUCGUUUCUACAGUGUGACUCCGAACGGAGCUGCUGAAGAGCUGAGCAUGAAUGCUGAACCACGUAGGAUGUGCAACAUACUUAUAGUGUUGUGAACGAAGUGUUAUUUCGGAUCAGAUACCUUUGUGUAAGCCUGUAUAGGAACUCUGGGCGGCCCUGGCAGUCCCAAGUUCCCACUUUACUGACGUCAUGCAGUUUUGUUUUGUUUUAAUAAAUCCAACAGCUGUUCUCUCAUUGGCAAAA